CUACUCUUCUAGAUGAGGCUGCGCGUUUCCAUCUUCAUCUCCACAGGAAAAAUCCAGAUAAUCCAUUCCGAGAACUUGUUAGAAUGGAAAUAUAUCGUGUCGAUCCCAGAUUUCGGAAAAGAGUGGGUAACAAUCUACUCGUGAAUGGCCAAGCACGUAUACUCCAUGAUAAACAGGCUGUUUAUGCCGUUGUCGUCCACAACGACUCUGAUCUGGACCUUUGGCCAUAUCUAGCGUAUAUGGAUACGAAUGGAUUCGGUAUUAAUUUGCUCUACCACCCCGAACCUACUUCAACUCCUCCCCCUCUGCGAAGGCACAGUUUCCUCGAAAUUGGCUGUGGAAGUGGGAAUGCCAUGUCUGAUCCGUUGUCGUUCCCUCUCCCCGAACAUCAACAAGAGGAUUCUGGUUUCUUGAAACUUUUCGUCUCCACUACGUAUACUUCUAUGGGACUUCUCGAACAAGGCUCUUCUUCCUUACUUGGGGUCGAAUCUUCUGUUACACCUCGUCCUGCGACACCACUUAGGCAAGACGAAACUCGAACUCAGAAGUGGGAUACAGCGCUCGCAUGCUUGACAUUGACUCAGAGUAUGCGGCAAGGUAAAAGAGUGGACUGAGCCGGGCUCGGUAGCUCAUGGACGUUCGCACAACCCACAUAUACUAUGAAUAUCUAUCUCCUGAUCGCUCCGUACCUCCAUAAUGAUUUCCGGUGGUUGAUUUUAUCGCCUGGUUUAACGUUCAGCUCUUGGGCCCCGUGGUGUCCAGGUAAAUAUUGAACCUGACCACCAGCUGCUCGAGCAUGCUUAAAGAUUACUUAUGCUUGUAAUGCACUGUUUUUGAAAUGCAGUUAAUCACACAUGCACCCAUGGGAUGCAUGGAGUGACAAAUGUUUAAGCUCAAAUAUAAA